UAACAGAUAGCAAUGAAAUCACAACAUCAAUCUUUCAGGAAAGGCAACUAUAAGAGAAAUGGACCCACUCCUGGAUCAACUCUUCCAAGGGCAAUGCAAGAAGAACUAGCAGAACAAGAAAAAGAUGAACGUAAAUUUGGAAAAAAGUUUAUAAAUAAAAUCAGUAAUCGUAAAGAGCUUAGAAAACAAAAAAGAGCUGAAAAAGGAAAACGUAAUGCUGAACAUCGACAAAGGAAAAGACAUUUUGAAGAGCCCCUUAAAGCUACUGUAAAUGGAAAUAACAAACGUCAAAAGACAGAACCCAACACAGUGACAAAAGCCAAGCCUGUAAAAGAAGAAGAAGAAAAGGUCUCCAUACCCAAAAAGACAAAGACGCCAGCAGAAGCUAUACAGCGUUUAUCAAAGAAAAAUCCUGGAUUAUACAAGCUGUUACAGUCUGAUAAUUUAGUGAAGGGUUCUAAUCAGUCUACCACAGAUGAUGAUUUUGCUGAAGAUGAUCGUGAGAUUGCAUACUGGGAGAAAAAACUAGGCUUAAAUAAGAAAAAGGAUAAAAAGUUGGGUAAAGAAUUUGAAGAAGAUGGUCUUCUUGAUCUUCUUGGUGGUAUUGAAGGUGAAGAAAAUGAUGACGAUCUUGAGUAUUUAAGGAAAAAAAGAGAACAAGCAAAACUGAAAAUGAUGGAAAAAAAUGCUGAAAAAGUAUGUAGAUUGACAGUAGAUGAUCUUUUUGCAGGUUUUAAUAGUGAUGAGGAUGAUGAAGAAAUGGGAGAUGAUGAUUUAGAAAAAAUGAGUUCUGAUGAAGAUGAUGUUGAAUUAAUUGAAGAAAAUGAUAUUAAUAGUGACGAAAUGGAGCAAAAUGAAGCAGAGGAAGAGUCAGAAGAAGACGAAGAGUCAGAAGAAGACGAAGAGUCAGAAGAAGAGUCAGAAAAAGAAGAAAAAACUGAACAAGAAAAGAAAAAAGAGAUACCCAAAACUCAGGAGACGUUAAAAGGCAAUGUCUUAUCUAAAUACGUUCCUCCUCAUUUAAGGAAAGCAACAGAGGGAAAAUCAGAAAUGCAAAUAAAACUGCAGAAACAACUUCAAGGUCAACUUAACAGAUUAAGUGAAAGCAACAUGGAGAGUAUUUUGCUUGAAAUUGAAAAAUGUUAUGGAACAUAUCCUCGUCAUGAUGUUACAUCAACGAUGACUGAUAUAAUUAUAACUUCCAUUUCUCAAAAGUCUAACUUACUGGACUCAUUCGUUAUUACAUAUGCUACCAUUGUUGCUAGUCUUUAUCGUUUAAUUGGUAUUGAAUUCGCUGCACAUUUUGUACAAACAUUGAUAGAGACGUUUGAAAAAGAUUACACUAAAUGUAAAAAGGCAAUUGAUAUGGGUGAUAAUGAAGGCGAUGAAGGUUAUGAAGGAUCAAAAGAAACAAAAAACUUGUUGACUUUGGUCUUAGAAUUGUAUAACUUUCAAGUUUUAUCCUGCGUUAUCAUUUAUGAUUUGGUUCGCAUGUUAAUUGCUGAUUUGGAUGAAUUUAAUGUAGAGCUCUUACUCAAAAUUAUUAGAACUUCUGGUCCUGAAAUACGUAAUGAUGAUCCUACAUCUUUGAAACAAAUUAUUGAUGAAAUUCAAAAGGAAACCUCUAAGCGUGACCCAAAAACUAUCUCUACACGUUAUAAGUUUAUGCUCGAAACGAUUACAAAUGUAAGAAACAACAAGAUUAGAAAUGGUCAAACAGCAGGUGGUCAUGGUGAUAAAGAAAUGGUUUUGAAGAUGAAGAAAUUCUUGAAUGGAUUAGCAAAGAAGCGUGCUGUUCGCAGUACUGAAGCUUUACGUGUAAGUUUAGAUGAUAUUCAUAAUGUUGAAACAAAGGGUAAAUGGUGGCUAGUGGGCGCAUCAUGGAAAGAUAAUUUGGUCGGUACAGAAAGUAAAUACAGUACAAGUAAAAUGCCCGAAGAUUUGAAGAAAGAUCAAUCAUUACAGGAAGCAUUAUUAAAGCUUGCAAGGAAACAAGGGAUGAAUACAGAUGUUCGUAGGACAAUUUUUGUAACAAUCAUGAGUUCCGAGGAUUAUUUGGAUGCAUUUGAAAAACUAAUGAAACUUGGCUUGAGUGAAGUACAACAACGUGAAAUUUGCCGUGUCAUGUUGCAAUGUACAGGGAAUGAAAAAACAUUCAAUCCUUAUUAUAUGCUUGUUAUCACUUUCCAAUAUUGUCUUUGGGACUUUCUUCGAGAAUGUGGUGAAACUGAUGUAGGUGGUUUAGAAAGAAGCGCAACCGAGAAUUUUGUUAGUGAAGAGAGUCAAAAAAAUGUCCGUCUUAGUAAAUUAUCUAACCUGGCCAAGUUCUAUGCAUCUUUGAUUGCUAAUGGAGCACUUAGUUUAGCGGUAUUAAAGAGUGUUAACUUUAUGUCUAUACAACGAAAUGGUCGUAUUUUCUUGGAGGUCUUAUUUGCCAACUUACUAUUACAGUUACACUCUGGUGGUGCCCAAGCAAUUGCAAACGUAUUUGGUAAAAUUCUUGAAUUGCGUACUUUAGCUCAAGGAUGUAACUUUUUCAUGUUGGAAACAAUUACACAUGGCCGACAUACUGGUCUUGGGGAGAGUGACCUAGAAAAGGUUCGAUGGAGCUGUAAGAUAGCAAGAGAAGUACUUAAUAGUAAAUAAUAUGAAUAAAAAAAAAUGAUGUUAAUUUAUGUACACAAUGUUCAUGUAAGCUUUAAUUAUUUUUUACAUAAUCUGUCUUGUGGUAUAUAUAUUAGGUAAUCCUAGAGUAUAAUGAUCCAUAAUAUAUGCAUUGUAUAUGUAAUAAAAUCCUAGACAAUAUUACAAUGUAAG